CCAGCCAAUGGGGUGAAGGUAAACAGCGCGCGCGCAGCUGUCAUGGGCCCAGCUCGCCUCGAUUUAUCAGUCUGAAACCAAACCACAUUAUAAAGUAUAACAGGCCUGUCAUUCAACGGUCUAGCUGUUAAAUAAUCCAGAACUUCCCAGCAAACACUUGGUUUGCGUUCUUCAUCAACAAUGGCAGGCCAGUACACCUCUCCGUGCCACGCAUUAUAAAGUGAAAGAGCUCGUUUCAAAGUGCCUGCAGGCCCGCGACAUGGCGUACUGUCCGUACAGCCGCUUCCCCGUAGGUGCUGCCCUUCUAACAGCAGAUGGCGCUAUAAUCACAGGCUGCAAUGUGGAGAAUGCCUCCUACGGUCUGACGAUGUGUGCCGAGCGGACAGCUGUCCAGAGAGCUGUAGUGGAGGGACACAAGAAGUUCACUGCCAUCGCGGUGACAUGUGAUAUCAAAGACAGCUUUGUUGGGCCAUGUGGAGCAUGUCGACAGGUUCUUAUGGAGUUUGGGCCAGACUGGACAGUUUACUUGACGAAGCCGGAUGGAACGUACAAAGAGACAAGUCUCCGUGAGCUGCUGCCUUUAGCCUUUUCCCCAGCUCACCUUGGAAAAAUCUGAUUCAACCUCAGCCUUGAUGCUGGUUCCGCUGAUGUUGCUACGGGCCAAAACACAAUUUUGUGCCGCUUGUCUGUCCUUUUUUACGACACAUUUGGCAUCAGACCAUACUUACAAUAACACAAUAAAACUUGGUUCAUAGAUUUUA